CUUUAACAGCUGUGCACUGAUUGAGGAGGGCGUUAGUGACACGUGAAGCGGCGUAGCACCGGACAGUCGCUGUGUUCGUCGGUUUGUUUUCGUCGGUGAACAAUGUUCGACCUGAAGAAGAGGAACAGUCUGACCCUGAACAGCAGCAAAGAGGUGGAGGAGUUCAGGAGAGUAGCGGUCAGACGGAAAGCUAAAGCUGCCGAGGUGGAGUGUGUCUCACAAACAGUGAGCAGUGGGGUUGACGGCACAUACAGCUGCAUCCACGCUUGUGAUCGAGUCUGUGGCUCCGAACUCCUGUGUGAGAAAGACGACAAGAAGAGUCCGCCUCAACAGUUUCCUUACAAACCUCAAGGUGGCGCUGAAAAAACACAAGCACUUCCUAAACCGUCCGACCCCCAGAGUCCAGGUCUCAGUCCGACGUCGGUGAAAACUCCUCGACACGUUGAAGAUGACCACAGUCCAAACAGACACUCUGCUCUUUCUGUUUGUAUCAAUGCAGCGAAUAAGUGUUUAAUUUCCCCACAAGGGGGCAGCUGUGUUUCUAAUGGAGUAUUUUUAGCACAAAACCUUACCAGCAGCCCCAUAUCAGGAGUUCAGAGUCCAGGAAAGAGGGGUUUUCAGUACUGUAGCCCCCUCAAGGAGGGAGGACCCAGCCCGGCCAAGUUGUCCCCGAGGAGCCAUAAUCUCCUGUCGGGGAAACUCCGCACCCCGAGUCCGGUCCAGGGGAGGAUCGGAAGCUACAGCCCCAGCAGGAAGUCUAGAUCCUGGUUAGGACUUAACCGAAUUUCAAGUGGGAAGAUGGAAGAAAACAGGAAGAAGUCUAUAAGUGUGCCUGACCUGAUUGUGUACCUGGACGACAGCAGGAUUCCCAGUGAAAAUCUGCGCUCCUCUCCUCAGACACUUCUGGAAUCUUCUAACAGCAGUGGACCGGCCAUCACCAUAAACCUAGCCGCGAAACACAAACUGAAUCAAACCACCGACGAAGGCCGUCUGUCGACCAAUGGUGUAGAGCGGUGCAGAGAGUGGCCUCUGACGUCUGGGAAAAGAGCGAUGGACCAGGAGGGAACAGGCAAAGAACCAGCAGGAAAUCUUGCCAAGGUUUCCUGUCACUGGGCUGAUUCUCCUCUAGAGGGCGGUAUCAUCGACAAAGAUCUCGUCGCUGAUCAAAAAGACAAGGAAAAGAUGGAGGAGAGCGCAGAAGUCCAGCCUAAAGACGAUGAGAACGUCGAGCAGAAGUUGUUCAGGAUAGCCACGGAACUGCUGCACACCGAGAAGGCCUACGUAGCACGGCUCCAUCUGCUGGACCAGGUUUUCUGCCAACGCCUGACGGAGGAAGCAGGUCGAGGCUCAUUUCCUGCCGAGGUGAUAAAAAAUAUUUUCUCCAACAUUUCCUCCAUCUACUCCUUCCAUAGUCAGUUCGUGCUGCCUGAUCUGGAGAACUGCCUCAGGCAUUGGUCAGAGCGACCAGGCCUGGGUCACGUCCUGGUCCAGCACGCCCCCUUCCUCAGGAUGUAUGCUGACUAUGUCAGAAACUUCGACCAGGCCAUGGAGCUGGUGAGGACCUGGACCGAGCGCUCCGCCGCGUUCAGAAACGUCAUCCUGGACGUCCAGAGUCAGGAGGUGUGUGGCAGCCUCACCCUACAACAUCACAUGUUGGAGCCCAUCCAGAGGCUCCCACGUUAUGAGAUGCUGCUGAGGGACUACCUCAGAAGACUGCCCCAGGAGAACCCCGACUACGAGCUAGCACACAAGUCCUUGGAGGCCAUUUCCAUGGCGGCCACCCACUCAAACAGCGCCAUCCACAAAGCUGAGAACAGGAAACGCCUUCUGGAAAUCUAUGAGAUGGUCGGAGAGGAGGAAGUGGUCAAUCCGACCAAUGAGCUGCUUCGAGAAGGUCGUCUCGUUAAGCUCGCCGCCAGGAACACGUCUGCGAUGGAGAGACACCUGUUCUUAUUCAACAACUUCCUGCUGUGCUGCACGCCGAGGUUCUGUCUGGUCGGGCAGCGUUUCACCGUGCGCUGCAGAAUCGGCGUGGACGGCAUGCACGUGCAGCAAACCAACAACGAAGACCACCCGUUCACGUUUCAGGUCUCGGGAAAGGAGAAGACCCUGGAGCUGCAGGCCAGCUCUGAACAAGACCGUGACGAGUGGAUUAAGGUGUUUCAGGAAGCCAUCGAUCUGUUUCAGAAGAAAAAUGAAACCUUCAGGUUGGCAGCCAAGGAGUUUGCUGUAGAAGAACCACUCGGGGAACUUGGGAGACGAGCCCCUCGCUGGAUUAGAGAUAACGAAGUGACGGUGUGUAUGAAGUGUCGGGAGCCUUUCAACGCCCUCACGAGGAGACGACAUCACUGCCGAGCCUGUGGCUGCGUGGUGUGCUGGAAGUGUUCAGACAACAAAGUGGCGUUACAGUAUGACGGUAAUAAGAUGAAUAAAGUGUGUAAGGCCUGUUACUCUGUGCUCACUGGUCAGAGUGGGGACAGCGUGGAAAGAAGAACACAGGAGUCUGAAGAAUCCUCAGUGUCUGGUGAUGUUCUUGUGAGUGGUUUCCUGGAUCACGCCGAGGCCGACAGCCCUGAGAACUGGCAGCAGGUCUGGACUGUUCUGACAAAGACUGAGCCCCCGGUGGUUCACCUGUACACUACACCACAGGAUGCUCUGCCGCGGCUCAGAAUACCUCUGACGGGCUGCAGUGUGGAGGACUCCUGCGAGGAGCUGCAGGGUCAGCCGUGUUUCAGGUUAGAACUUCCUAAAACCUGUCACGUGUUCUCCUGCGACAGUGUGGACCUGAAGCAGCGGUGGCUGACCGCUCUGACCGUCGCAGUCACUGAUAGGCCGCCCGCCUGCCCAUCGAUUGGCUCCAGUGGUGAGGAAUUAAUUUUCAGUGGUAACAAGGAAAACCACUCCUGAACAAUGAGCUGCUGUGUUGAUUUUAAAACAUUGGGUUUUUAAAUGACUGAAAUGCAAAUAUGACAUUCAGAAGUGAGAAGGGAUUUCUCCAAAGUGGCUGUGCACUUUAUUUCAGAAAUGAGUUACAGUAAAAUAAAUAAAAGUGAAAGUUGUUUUUUUUAAAACGUGUGUUUGACUACAUUUUCAACUACAAGAGUGUGCACUCUGUACAUGUGGAAGGUGCUGUGUGAAAUGAGAUGAAAAAGUAUUUCAAGAUACAGAAGUGAACAUGUCUUAUGGAUUUCAGGGACUGGCAUUGAAAACAGAACAAUUCCUUUUAAAAAAACAAAUCAUCAGAUCCAGUAUUUGCACAUAUGAAUACAGCAUUAAAUAUUUACACUGAUACAUAAACAUUAAAACAAUAUUUAAUCAAUUACUAAAAUAAAAUGAUAUAGGAAUUUACUUAUACCUGUUUCAAAUGGGGUAAUUAAAAAAAACAUUUAAACAUUUCAUAAAUGACCUAUAACGUAACGGUAAAGUUUUCUUUCUUCCUUUACUCCAGCAAAAAUACAAUUCGCUGUAAUUUAAAGCCUUAUGUCCUCCUUGUGGUCAAAAUAAUUAUUGCACAAUUGAAAUGUAAUUAUAUAUUGUGGAAUUGCGAAGAAACGACUUCGAUCAUAAACUUCACAUUUAUACCUUUUUACCAACAGAACCUGACCCGUCUUGUGGUUGUUCUAUUCCACUAAAAAUGGUUGGAAAAAAAUAUGGCGUAGUUUUUAAAUCUUCUCCCUGAACUCUAUUAUUUCAUAUGUUCUAAGUACAGUAUUUUAAAAGCUGCAAUAUUUUUAAAUUAUUUAAAUAAUUGAAAUAUCUGCUUUUCAUGUACAUUUUCGUCCUCUCUACGGUAGCAAGUCAGGAUGUAUUGAACGUUUGCUGUUUUUCUUUUUUUAUUAACGUCAUUUCGUUUUCUUCAUCACGGAUGCAGUUUGUUAUUUAUACAGACAUUAAGUGUCCCGGAUGUUGUCGAAGAUGACGGCAGUUAACGCCAGCAAAAUAAUUAACAUAUCCUCGAAUCAAAAACGAGCAAACAAGAACGCGCACGUGGGACAGGUAGAGGUAGCGUGCACGCAGGUGUAAAAGACAAAACAUGAUUGGCUGGUUUUUCCAGUAGGUCCAACCAGUUUUGUGAGUGGGCGGGCUUUCAUUGGAUUUCUACAGGCCGGAUGAAAAAAAACAAACGGCCGUCUCUUCGCCUCACAUUGAGCCAAAGUGUUCUAUUAAAAGACAACAUUGAACUGUCAAUGCACACGGCGGGUUUAAUUACUAAAAAUGGCAUUGGGAGGAGAGUUUAAAAUGUAUUAUUUAUGUGUUUUCGCACAGACAGUGUGAAAAUGAGAUGAGCCAAAUCCUGGUCGUUGUCUGACUAAACAGCAGCAGUUACAGACGUACAUCUAAGCGACAAAGGUAAAGACCUGUUUAAAGUUAUUUUUGGCCCUGAUUUUGAUACAGAAUGAGAUGUUUGAAUGCAGCAUCUGAUACUAGGAAUACAACACAGCAAAAAAAAAAAAA